AUGAUAAGCUCGAUUUACGAAGCACUUCCACAAGACCCAGCAGAACAGUAUAUCCGUACAAUCAAGCUUUACCCAGGCACCCGUGACGACCCUCUGCAGAUCGAAUUUCAGCUUCAUCAAAUUGGUUCGAAAAUUGUUUCACCGUAUGAGGCCAUCUCCUGGGUGUGGGGCAAUCUUUUAGACAAUGCAACAUUGCUGUAUAACGGCGAAACCAUCACCAUACGGCAGAACCUAGAGGACGCGCUGCGAGUCUUUCGUUUCGCCGACCGUCCACGUUUGCUGUGGGCCGAUGCACUUUGUAUCAAUCAAAAAGAUGCGGAAGAAAAAUCAAGGCAGGUCGCUAUGAUGGGUACAAUAUACGCAAAUGCGUCCGGCGUCCUCAUCUGGCUCGGUAACGAUCAUGAGAAACGGGCUCCUAUUGCGUUCGGAGAGAUAAAAAUGCUUGCCGACGCUUAUACCUUGAAUGCUGGAGAAGAGGAAUACUGUAGGUGGAGCGAUGAUGUGAAUCAGCUAGAUGCCAAUGCCUGGAAUGGUAUCAGAUCUUUCUUCCAGAACGACUGGUUCAAUCGUAUUUGGGUACAGCAGGAAUUUGGCAUGAACGCAAACGCUACCUUUUACUGGGGUGCAUCGACAAUCUCGAGGAAAACAAUGCGCGCGUUCUACCGCUGGUUCAGCGAGAGUAUCGACAACGGCAACAGUAGCGUAGUCACAGAGCUAAAGAGAUACUCGCCGGGCAGCUUUUUAACAACCAUGCGGCUAUCAGAGACAAUCUUCUCGGGCUUCAACUUCCUCAGAGUGCUGGCAGUGAGCCAUAGGCUACUUGCCACUGAUCCACGAGACUACGUCUACGGAUUCCUCAAUUACCCUUCGGCGAGAAGUCCUCCGCAUAACAACAUUCUCGUAACUCCAGAUUAUAGCAAAACUGUGGAGGAGGUUUAUUUUGACGUUAUGAUUGCGCUGAUCCAAGAACCACGUUAUGGGCUUCAGGCAUUAGCUUUGGUUUACCAUACGCCAACUACAUUGGCAUCGGAAACCCCAUCAUGGGUAGCAAGGUGGCAUCACAGAACACCAAAUCCCGAAGUACCUGACGUAGACCUUGAUGAACGGUGUGUUAUUGGAGGUUGUUGGCGCAAGCGGUGGGAUGUCUUGCCAUCAAGUCCAAUAGUGUUCCAAAGGAAACGAGAUAUCGACGCAGGCAAGACCACGAUGGCGGGAUACACCAUUGGGAGAAAGUUCCUAUCAAUAGGAGGCGUGCUUGUUGAUCGUGUCGAGAGCGCAUGGGAACAUCCGCAAUCGCGGCUACUUGCUCUCUGGGUGGCAGCACUCUUGAAAUCCGACGAGCUGUCAGUCAUACCGCCGGAGGCAAUAGCUGAGCAUCUCGGCCCCGACUUACAAUCUAUGACGACGUGGCUUGAAACAACUCCCUACGACGACGUUGUGUUUGCAGCUGCGCUUACACUAUGCUGCGGCUUGCUGAGUAUAACGACUCAUCUGCGGGCCCUCGACCACCUCGACGACUUUGAACGAGUCUUCAACGCCUUUUGUGCUACAAAAACCAACAUCACCCAUCCAUCCUUCUCAACCGACAGUCCUGGUCUGGCAAAGCCAGCAGACUUCCAGCUAGUUAUCAACGAAUAUUGCUCGAAGCGAAAUUUUGUGCGCAGUGAAAAAGGAUAUUUUGGCCUCGCGCCAUCACUUGCUAUGAAGGGUGACUUGAUAGCCGUAUUCGCACAUGCUGCUCUCCCAUACAUCAUAAGGCCUGUAUCCGAAGGUGAUUACAAGCUAAUCGGGCAUUGCUAUGUUCAUGGUAUCAUGAAUGGCGAAGCCUUUGAAACCCUGUCACUGCCGAUCACAGAGAUCAAUCUCGUUUAA